AUGCGGAUCCGCAGGGCCGCCUCCCGCGUGCUCGGCGUCGCCCCCUCCGCCGCCUCCCCCUCCCAGCCGCCCCGACCCAAUCUGCCCCCGCUCCCGCCAGCCGACGCCGGCGGCCCGCCGCCCUGCGUGACGAACAUGGCGGUAGCGGACCUGAUGAACCAACUCGGCAUCCAAGAUCCCGAGGAUGACAAGCACUUCAAGGAAACUUACUUUUGGGAUGGCCUUCCUAGCCUUCCCAAACACCACCCCUGGGGAUCUAGGUAUCAUUUCCCAGCCACCACCUGUGCCGACUCCAUUGAGGAAAAAGAGGAGAUGGCCGUUGACGUGCUAGAUGACAUCAUCUUGGAAUCGCGUAUCGUGGAGAAGAACUCUGAGAAAAACAAAAGCACCAUGACGAAGGGUGAGGAAGAGAAGGACAAGAGCAAGCUAGAGACAAAAGGGAAGGGGAAGGUGGAGGCAGAUGAGAGUUAUGCUGCCAGAGGAGGAUGGCCAUGCAAGCAGAAUGAAAGGCGAUUCUGCGGGCGGACCGCAAGCCAACCCAACUCGUACUGCUUGCACCACUCUCACCAGAAGCCCCGUGCCAUCUCGAAGCCACCUCGCAAGAGGAUCACUGCCCACCGUGACUUGGGACUAGGGUUCUACUACUACGAUGGGUUCGGCCCGUCAGGCAACACCAAGAGGCAACGCGGAUCAAGCAGUUUGCCAGAACCUAUUGAACAGAAAGAGGAGGUGUCGCCUGAACACCACGUCGAUUUUAGUGCAGGUCUGGUUGGAGUUGCUGACGAAGAAAAUCAAGUCGGGUCAGAGUCAGAAUACAUUGAAAAGCCUAGGUUCGACGAUUGUACUGAUGUCAUGAUCACUGGCUACGACGAUGACAACAGUGAUGAAGACUCGCCUGAUUACAAUAGCGAAAACAUUAAGGUGAGCAAGAACCCGCCAAAGAAGAGGGGAAAGAAGCCUAUGAAAGCCCGAUCACUCAAGUCAUUGAUGUGA